AUGCAUUAUUUAAGAAGCGAAAAACUGAAAAAAUAUUCAAUGGCAACGACUGAGGCACAAAAGGCUGCAACACUCCCAGGAGACUUGAACGUCUUCUCACACAACCCAGAGUUACCAAUCUCGACCCGUAAGGACUUUGACGAUUUCCGUAAACUCUUUGACGAGACAGAAGGCUGGAUUGAGUCAUACACUGAUGAGCACACAAAGGUCCACUUCAAGAACCCAUCAAACACUGCCGAGAUUCAGAUUAAACUUGUCUCUGAUGCCAUGAAGGACAUCCCAGCCCAAGUUAUUUACGAGGCCAUCCACGACCCAGACUACAGAAAAACAUGGGACGACAGAAUGAUUGAGGGGUUCCUUAUUGAACAAAUUGACGCGGCCAACGACAUUGGUUACUACUCAGUUGGAAUGCCGUUUGUCAUUUCAAACCGCGACUGGGUCAACAGAAGAUCGUGGUGGCACAACCCAGAAAUGACCGAGUUUGUCAUUUUCAACUUCUCCAACAAGCAUCCACUUGUCCCAGAAAAGUCUGGAUUCGUCAGAGCAUGGAGUUACAAAUCUGGUUAUUACAUGAAAACCACUGACAAGGGAACUAUGUUCUACUACUUCGGUUGGAAUUCGUGGAAUGGGUGGAUCCCUGCUUGGUGUGUCAAUAAAGCCACAAAAACAAUGGUCGGCGGUGUUAUUGACAACAUUGCGAAGACCUCUUCUGUUUAUGAGAAUUGGAAGAAGGACCACAAUCCAAGCGAUAGACCAUGGCUCAGACUGAACGAGUGGCAGACUAAAGAAAAGGAAGAGUAUGAAGCUAGCAAGAAAUAA